CAAGGGAGCAUAAUCCCCCGAAUAUUUCUCCCCACGCGCUCGCCCCUCCUUCCUUGCCAGGGAGCGAAGGGGGCCUCAUUAUUUCCCAAGGUUAAAAGAAGCAGUGGGGCACGAAUCUUGAGAGAGUGUCGAGUGUGACGGCCAUUCGAGAGACUACCUCGAAUGUCUCGCAUCCCCUCCUCCUUGUCCUCGGACACCAUCCCACCACUAUAAAUAUUUUCUCAUAUCGGAAGCCGUGGUAAAAGAAUAAAAAGAAGGGUUCUUCUUCAUCUUCUUCAUCCUUCUCCUUGUGGGCGAAGGCGGUGAUGGCGGGGAACGACUGGAUCAAUAGCUAUCUAGAGGCGAUUCUGGACGCGGGGCCGGUGAUCGACGCCUCGAAGUCGUCGCUGCUGCUGAGGGAGCGGGGCAGGUUCAGCCCCACUCGCUACUUCGUCGAGGAAGUCAUCACUGGCUUCGACGAGACCGAUCUCUACAAGACAUGGGUUCGGGCGGCGGCGAUGAGGAGUCCGCAGGAGAGAAACACGAGGUUGGAGAAUAUGUGCUGGAGGAUUUGGAAUCUUGCCCGAAAGAAGAAGCAGAUAGAGGGAGAGGAGGCCCUCCGUAUGUCUAAACGCCGUCUUGAACGUGAAAGAGGGCGCAGAGAUGCAACGGCUGAUAUGUCUGAAGACCUGUCUGAAGGAGAAAAAGGAGAUAUAGUCAGUGAUCUUUCCACUCAUGGUGAUAGCACAAGAGGCAGAUUUCCCAGGAUCAGUUCUGUUGAUGCCAUGGAGGCUUGGGCUAAUCAGCUUAAAGAAAAAAAACUUUACAUAGUAUUGAUAAGCAUUCAUGGUCUGAUACGCGGUGAAAAUAUGGAGCUUGGUCGUGAUUCUGAUACCGGCGGUCAGGUCAAGUAUGUUGUAGAACUUGCAAGGGCUUUAGGUUCGAUGCCUGGAGUUUAUCGGGUUGAUUUGCUGACCAGGCAGAUAUCUGCACCAGAUGUUGAUUGGAGUUAUGGAGAACCAACAGAGAUGCUGACUCUAAGAAACUCCGAAGAUUUUAUGCAUGAGAUGGGAGAGAGCAGUGGUGCUUAUAUUGUCCGCAUUCCAUUUGGGCCGAAAGAUAAAUAUAUCCCUAAAGAACUUCUUUGGCCACAUAUUCAAGAAUUUGUUGAUGGUGCACUCGUUCACAUUAUGCAGAUGUCCAAAGUUCUAGGAGAACAAAUCAGUGGUGGGUGGCCAGUAUGGCCUGUUGCUAUUCACGGACAUUAUGCUGAUGCGGGUGACUCUGCUGCUCUAUUAUCUGGGGCAUUAAAUGUCCCUAUGCUAUUCACGGGUCACUCUCUUGGGAGAGAUAAGUUAGAACAACUUCUGAAACAAGGGCGACAAACAAGAGAAGAAAUUAAUAUGAUGUACAAAAUAAUGCGUAGAAUUGAGGCUGAGGAAUUAGCUCUUGAUGCCUCUGAGAUUGUUAUUACAAGCACUAGACAAGAGAUAGAACAGCAAUGGCAAUUGUAUGACGGUUUUGAUGUGAUUCUUGAGCGAAAACUGCGAGCUAGAAUUAAGCGAGGUGUGAGUUGUUAUGGCCGUUUUAUGCCUCGUAUGGUUAUAAUUCCUCCUGGAAUGGAGUUCAAUCAUGUUAUUGUACAUGAUGGUGAUAUGGAGGGUGAAGUUGAAGGAAGCGAGGAUAAUUCAUCAUCUCCGGAUCCACCUAUUUGGUCUGAGAUAAUGCGGUUCUUUACCAACCCUCGCAAACCUAUGAUCCUUGCUCUUGCUCGACCAGACCCCAAAAAGAACAUCACAACACUUGUGAAAGCAUUUGGUGAAUGCCGCCCUUUGAGGGAACUCGCAAACCUUACAUUGAUAAUGGGUAAUCGUGAGGCUAUUGAUGAAAUGUCAAGCACAAAUUCAGCUGUGCUGACCUCAGUACUCAAAUUAAUUGACAAGUAUGAUCUAUAUGGACAAGUGGCAUAUCCUAAGCACCACAAGCAAUCCGAAGUUCCUGACAUUUAUCGUUUGGCAGCAAAGACAAAGGGCGUUUUUAUCAAUCCUGCUUUCAUCGAACCAUUUGGCCUCACCUUGAUAGAGGCUGCAGCUUAUGGUCUUCCUAUUGUGGCUACAAAAAAUGGAGGUCCUGUUGAUAUACAUCGGGUUCUCGACAAUGGUCUCCUUGUUGAUCCCCAUGAUCCACAAGCCAUUGCUGAUGCACUUUAUAAGCUUGUUUCUGAUAAACAGCUUUGGGCACGAUGUCGACAGAAUGGAUUGAAAAAUAUUCACCUAUUUUCUUGGCCAGAGCAUUGCAAGACCUACUUAUCACGGUUAGCUACCUGCAGGCCAAGACAUCCCCAAUGGAAAAGGAGUGAAGAAGAUGGUAUUGAAGAUUCAGAAUCAGACUCACGAGAUGAUUCUUUGAGGGAUAUUCAAGAUAUAUCUUUGAACUUAAAACUUUCGUUAGAUGGUGAAAAGGCUGAAGAUGGUGGCACACUAGAUAGUAUCUUGGAAACUGAAGAGAGUGCUGUUAAUGAAAAGAGUAGAGUGGAACAUAUUGUAUCAAAACUGUCCAAGAGUGUCGUAAAAGCUGCACAAAAGGAUGCGUCCAGCGAAAACUCUAGUAAGGUACCAAUAUUGAGGAGGAGAAAACAUAUUUUUGUCAUUGCUGUGGAUUCUGUUAGCAAUACAGAUCUUGCUGGGAUUAUUAAGAGUAUAUUUGAGGCUGCACGCAAGGACAGGACAUCAGGUUCCUUUGGGUUCAUAUUGUCAACAUCGCUGACAAUAUCUGAAGUACACUCUAUUCUCAUCUCUGGAGGCGUCCCUGCUACUGAUUUUGAUGCUUUUAUAUGCAAUAGUGGCAGUGAUCUUUAUUACCCAUCACCAAAUUCUGAUGAAAUGUUGAGCUCUUCUGAGCUUCCUUUUGCAAUUGACGAAGAUUAUCAUUCACAGAUUGAGUAUCGCUGGGGUGGAGAAGGGCUGAGAAAGACUUUAGUUCGUUGGGCUGCUUCAGUUGUUGAGAAAAAGGGAGAAGGUGAGGAACAAAUUGUCAUUGAAGAUGAACAACGCUCAUCUACCUUCUGUCAUGCUUUUAAUGUGAAGAACCCAGCACUGGUUCCUCCUGUAAAGGAGCUUAGGAAGUUGAUGAGAAUCCAGGCGCUCCGGUGUCAUGUCCUUUAUAGUCAUGAUGGUACCAAGCUGCAUGUCAUUCCUGUUCUAGCUUCUAGAUCCCAGGCACUAAGGUAUUUAUAUGUUCGGUGGGGUGCGGAGCUGUCAAAUAUGGUGGUAUUUGUUGGUGAGAGUGGUGACACAGAUUAUGAAGGAUUACUUGGAGGCGUACACAAAACCAUUAUACUGAAAGGUGCAUUGAACCUUGCUCCAAGCCAGCUUCAUGCAGCUAGAAGCUAUCCCCUACGAGAUGUUGUAGACUUUGACAGCCCUACUGUUGUUCAGUGUGAGGGCUGCAGCACCGAUGGCAUACGGUUAACUCUGAGCCAGCUUGGACUACUGAAAGAAUAGUAGGAGCACUUUUACUGUGACAUUACCGGGCAAAGAAGUUUAUCUUAUUCAGCUGUAGCUGCCUUCAUGGUAAAGAUCAGAAGACAUUUUCCUUGAGUGCCACCUCAUGCUUCGUGUUGAUCCUUGGUAAAUCUUAAGUGUUAAAUUCCUGUUUGCAACCAGGCUCGAGAAGUAGCCAAAAUGCCAGGAAUGCUUCUGCAUUUUUUUCCUGAAAUGCAUUUUUAGCUAGGGGUUAAGAGCGCAUUUCCUUUCGUCUCCGGUCAAAAUACAAGAGCCUGAUGGCAUUUUGUUGGAACUGUGGCAGAAAGCAAACGCUCUUCUGGUGGGCCUGUUAAGAAAUUGUAGAUGACGUUAUCGAGCCAUACCAUUUAUAUACAAGCAUGUUUAUAAUAGAAAGCUUCUCUCCAAGCCUGUUUUGUAAUGAUACUGUAAUUGUACUGCUCCUACUUGUACAGUAAAUGAUUUCAUUUAGUCCCUGAAAUAUCCAGUUUAACAGCGUUAUGACUGA